AUGAACUCCCACUCCAAAAUCACCGGUCAGACUCCCAUUCUUAUUGAAUCCAGCCCAGCGCUUUCUCCGAUGGCCGAGGAAAUGGAAAUUUCCAUGCUUUUAACUCCGCCUGGCUUCAGUAUUUACGACGGUGAUUGUUUCACCCAACCCGAGUUUGACGCGCUCUUCGCCUUCGUCAUGAAUCAGAUCGCCCUCUACUGCCGCGACAAUUUCCCGAAGAAUUUCAUUGAACACGAAGCCCGCGUCAAGCUUUACAUGGACAUCUCUCGUGGCUUCAAGUUUGCCAAUGUCCAUAACUUGAUCCCUAAGUACGAGGAUGGGAUGCCUCGUGGCUCCUCUUCUGGUGGUAACCAUUCUUCUACCUCGGCUCCGUCCAACUCCGCCAGUGCGUAG